AUGCGUUCACUUCAUGCUAACCGGAGUGAAGGCCCACUAGCACGGGUAGGACUGAAUGUUGCAGUAAAUGCCAAUCCCGAGAGCGUGGUAAAAAUCCUGCAGCCACGUUCCGGCUUCAUCAGGGCUCUUGAUUACCAAGCCGCGCGCUUCAGACCGGGUAGCGAUAACAUACUGUCGAUGAGAGACGAAAAGGCUCAUAAGACCUUGAAAUUGAAAACUACAGCAGGGUAUAAUGGCAAGGACGUCGAGGGUCUCGAAGGCCAAAUUGACCGAGUCGUGGAGUCCUUCGUCGACCUAAUUGAGAGGAAGUACUUGUCGACACCGUCUGACUAUCGAACUGUUGACCUGGCCCGAAUCACUCAGUAUUUCACUCUGGACGUCAUCAUGUCAGUGGCGUUUGGGAAGAACUUUGGUCAUCUGGAGUCGGACUCGGACGUCUAUCGUUACCUUUCCAUGACAGAGAGUUUCAUGCCUGUUGUAGCUAUUGUUUUGGUCUACCCUUGGCUGUGUAAUGUGCUGGAGUCAAAAUUCCUGAAAAUGAUGGCCCCGAAAGACACCGACAAGCAGGGGAUGGGGAAGGUAAUGGGCUUUGCCAAAGAAGUGGUGAGUGAGCGUUUCGGUCCAAACAGGAUAGUCCGCAAAGACAUGUUAGGCAGCUUUAUUGCCCAUGGGAUGACUCAAGAGGAAGCGAACUCAGAGACCCUGGUUCAGAUUGUGGCAGGAUCCGACACCACAGCAACAGCGAUCCGGGCGAUUUUCCUGCACGUCAUAAGCUCCCCACACAUCUAUUCGACGCUCCGCAAGGAAAUAGAUAACGCCGGUCCAAUAUCUUCACCCAUAACCAAAGCCGAAGCUGAAAACUUGUUCUAUCUCCAGGCGGUAAUUGAGGAAGGUCUCCGUUUUUGGCCGCCUAUUGGUCUUCUUGCAUCAAAGCUUGUGCCCAACGGAGGCGCCACCAUCAAUGGCUUCUUCAUGCCUGAAGGCUCUAACAUCGGAGUAUCUAUCAUGGGGAUUCAGAGAUCGAAAGACAUUUUCGGGGAGGAUGCCGAUGAGUUCCGGCCUGAGAGGUGGUUGAAUAUUGGGGAAGGGGAGGCUGAGAAGGCUCGAGAGAAGAAGAUGCGCGGCACCGUCGAUCUGGUUUUCGCUUCGGGUAAGUACUCAUGCCCAGGCAGACAGGUAGCUAUGAUGGAGCUCAACAAGAUUUUUGUGGAGGUUCUGCGCAAAUACGACAUCACCCUAGUGAAUCCUUCUCAACCGUGGACGUCUUUCUAUGCUGGGGUUUGGAUGCAGAAGAACUUACGCGUCCGAUUUAGCAAGCGCACUGACAGCGUGAUAGCCUAA